AUGCUGGGGGUGCGGCAUACAACUGCUUUUGAUUUUUAUGUCUGCGUAAUAAUAUCAUUACCACCUCUUGAGGAAUGGGGAGAAGAGGUUGAGAAACAUGUUUUAACAAAACUUGGGAUGCGUCAGAUGGUUGAUCGUCAUAGAGAAACUGAAUUCGCUCAAUGGGAGGAAUCGGUCGAGUUGUUCAGGAAGAAUCUCGGUAUGGAUAUUCCUAUGCGUGGCUUUCUGAGGGAUGAGCAAAGCUAUAAGGAGUUGGAGAGAAACGCUUCAGCCGUUACUGGCAUGUGGAUCUUUUCUAGAAAGGCGUUUGGACAGGCCAAUGGAGAAAAUAUUCGUGAUGUAUACGAGAGGUUUAAAGAGCAUUUUGAAAUCUCAGAAGUUCCGGGGCUUGCAGUGUUUGACAUUUGA